ACUGGUAAAAGUGGAAGUGUUGAUUCACGAACAUUUAAUAUUAUUUUAUACCAAUUAAAACAAUGAGCAUGGAAGUUGAUAUGGGUCUUGUGGAUAUGUUGAAGCUGGCUUGCAAGUUUCUUGGCCACAAGAUAGUGCAGUACAAUCUGGGCACAAAGGAGAAGAUUCUUCUCAGCACGAAGUAUGGUCUGGUGCUUGGAAUGCAACGUAGGACACUCUACAAUGAGCAGUUCUACUGCGCCUUCGAAGGAAUCCCUUUCGCCAAACCACCGUUAGGGGAACUGCGUUUCCGUGCCCCGCAACCACCAGAAUCUUGGAAGGGUAUCAGGGACUGCACAUAUCCGCGCUCCAAGCCUGUGCAGAUGCAUUGUGUGCUACGUUAUGCUGAGGGUUCCGAAGACUGUCUUUAUCUUAAUGUGUACACGAAGAAGCUAAAAUCUGAGAAACCAUUGCCGGUAAUGGUUUGGAUUUUUAGCGGGGGAUUUCAGGUUGGUGAGGCCUCAAGGAAUACUCACAGUCCAGAUCACUUUAUGAUAAAGGACGUUGUCUUAAUCACAUUCAACUACAGAAUGGGCGCUUUAGGUUUCCUUAGCCUAUCCGAUCCGGAGUUGAAUGUUCCUGGUAAUGCGGGUCUCAAGGAUCAGGUGUUAGCUCUUCGCUGGAUACACGAAAACAUCUCCAGCUUCAACGGCGAUCCAAACAACAUCACUCUGAUGGGAAUGAGUGCCGGAGCGGCUUCAACGCAGAUUAUGAUGACGACAGAACAGACCCGAGGUCUCUUCCACAAGGCCAUACUUAUGUCGGGAUCGUCGCUGUGUGCCUGGGCCAAUGAGCCCGAUCACCAUUGGUCCCAUCGGUUUGCCUGUCAACUCGGCUACUCAGGCAGCGACAAUGAGAAGGAAGUCUUUCGAUUUCUACAGCGUGCUUCGGCUAAAGAAAUUGCCUGUUGCAAUAACAUAUUGAGUCAGGAGGAAAAGCGGGACUAUAUCCUGUUUCCUUUCGGACCCGUCGUGGAACCAUAUGUCAGCGAUAGUUGUGUUAUUUCCAAACCUCAUGUGGAGACGCUGUCUACCGCCUGGGGCAAUGAAAUACCGGUUAUCAUUGGUGGUACGUCCUUUGAGGGCCUCGCCUUCUAUCAAUAUGUUUUGAGGGAUACAGCACACUUACUGAGCGACUUUGAAUCCUUGAUACCACGAGAGGUGCGUGAUUCUUGCACCUCAGAGGAACUUAAGGAACAUAUAAGACGACUAAAAUUGCACAGGUUUGCAGAUGUCGACAGGGAUCACAUGGAAUUCAAUGAAUGCCUACAACUGCUCUCCAUAAAACACUGCAGCCAUGCCAUACAUCGUACAGCCCUCGCACGUGUGUCAUAUGCCCCGAAAACACCAACCUACCUCUAUCGCUUUGACUUUGAUUCACCUACCUACAAUUUCUUUCGCCUUCUUCUCUGUGGACCCGAUCAGCGAGGUGCAGCGCAUGCAGACGAUCUCUGCUACUUGUUUUACGGUAUUCUGUCAUACAGAUUGAAUCAAUACUCACCGGAAUACCAAACAAUCGAACACCUGGUGGGUUUGUGGACCGCGUUUGCAACUCAUGGAAAUCCCAACUUUGCUCAGACUGCGCCCGUUAAAUGGGAACCCCUGGAGCCUAACGCUCCUCAAAUGUGUCUGAAUAUUGGCAGACUUCUUCAGUUCAUUGAACUACCAGAAGCCAAAGAACUGAAGCUCUGGGAUAGUUUCUAUGAUAAUGUCAAAUUAUACUAAAAAAAACAAAUGUAAUAAGAUUUCGAUGCAUUAA